CAGACGCGCUUGGGCAAGAUUUUCGAUGUCCCUUUAAAAAAUAUCCCUAGCAAGAGCGCUGCAGUUCCUUCGGCGGCCGCGAGGGGCGUCUCUGCUCCACUUUUGAGGCGCUCGCGUUCAGUUCCUCUCCGUGCUGACGGCAAGUGGAGAUAUCGGCAUUUUAUCAACCCGAGAACCCACAUUCGUGAGGAACGAGGGUAAAAAAAAAUCCCCUCUCUAGUUUUUUACCUUCAGUGCGACACCUAAAGAACUGCACCGGGAUGUGUUUUUUUUCUGAUGAGACGACGGAUUGUGGAUUAACACCAGUCUUAAAACUGCAUUAGGGAAAUCGUAUGCUGUUUUACUCUGCGAAAUAGUUGGACCGAAUCAUGUCGCUGUCACAAAUGUUUCUUGCUUGAGCUUUUCCUUCGUUUUGGAUUGUAUUUUUCCCUCCUCCUGCCGUCAUUAGUGGGAGACGCGCUCUGGAAAUGUAGGAAAUGGCAAAGAGUGUUGGAAACGGAGCUUCAUGCAGGAUAUAGACCAACCACUGCACCAGGCUUGAUUUAUCUUUGGACAACCUUCCGCAAAUGCCUCCCCCACCCCUUCCCCGCACGUAGCCAGGAUGGAAAGCUACGUUGUCAAUAGAAUGGGACCUGACGAAUAGCUGGUUCUUGACGAAGAUGUUGCUCGGAUCUGUGUUUAAGUUCAUGUGGGAAUACUUGCCAUGCAAAGAGGCUUUGAGAUUUUUGACAGCUUCGCUCUCGGAACGACUAGCAUCUUGGGUUUGAUCGUUUCUUUCGUGCAGGUGGAUAUAAACUAGUAGCAGGACUAGUGUGAAGAGGAUUGAACAUGCCCUUCCAACAACCAAACCGCCUGGGCGGCAUCUGGCGGGCCAUGUGUCCGCGGCUAGGCCUCAAGGCUAGCCUGGAUUUGCCAUUCUUGUGUUGGAUAUUAGGCUUGACCCUACACGCCCAGCUCGCGGCCUCGCAAAAACUAGACGAGACGGACCCCAUUGUCACUACAACUUACGGCAAACUGCGGGGAUUCAAAAAAGAACUCAACAAUGAGAUCCUUGGGCCCGUCAUCCAGUUCCUGGGCGUCCCCUACGCAGCACCUCCCACAGGCGAAAGGCGCUUCCAGCCGCCCGAGCCGCCUAUUCCAUGGUCAGAUAUCCGUAACGCAACUCAAUUUGGCCCCGUUUGUCCUCAAACCCUGCUGGAGGGCAGGCUUCCAGAUGUUAUGCUGCCGGUUUGGUUCACCAAUGGCAUUGAAGUGGUGUCGUCCUACGUACAGGACCAGAGUGAAGACUGCUUAUUCUUAAACAUAUACGUGCCAACGGAGGAUGUAAAAAGAAUAUCCAAGGAAUGUGCCAGAAAACCCGGCAAGAAAAUUUGUAGAAAAGGAGGUCCUCUUUCAAAGAAACAGAAUGAUGAUUUAGCUGAUAAUGACGGUGCUGAGGAUGAAGACAUUCGUGAAAGCGGGAGCCCCAAACCUGUGAUGGUUUUCAUUCACGGAGGAUCGUACAUGGAAGGGACAGCAAAUAUGUUCGAUGGAAGCAUCUUGGCCAGUUACGGCAACGUCAUCGUCAUAACCGUCAACUAUAGGCUUGGCGUGCUCGGUUUUUUGAGCACAGGAGACCAGGCAGCCAAGGGAAACUAUGGACUUCUUGAUCAAAUCCAAGCCCUGCGCUGGACGAGUGAAAACAUUGCUUUCUUUGGGGGUGACCCUUUACGCAUUACUGUUUUUGGGUCUGGGGCCGGGGCCUCAUGUGUCAACCUGCUGACUCUUUCCCAUUAUUCUGAAGGUAACCGUUGGAGCAAUUCAACCAAAGGUCUUUUCCAAAGGGCCAUAGCCCAAAGUGGCACAGCCUUGUCCAGCUGGGCUGUCAGCUUUCAACCAGCCAAGUAUGCCCGCAUGCUGGCUAAAAAGGUGGGGUGCAACCUCAAAGAUACAGUGGAGAUGGUGGAGUGCCUACAGAAAAAACACUACAAAGAACUAGUGGAGCAGGACAUCCAGCCUGCUCGCUACCACAUCGCCUUUGGACCCGUCAUUGAUGGCGAUGUCAUCCCUGAUGACCCUCAGAUCCUCAUGGAGCAAGGGGAGUUUCUCAACUACGACAUCAUGCUGGGCGUCAAUCAAGGCGAGGGACUAAAGUUUGUGGAACUCAUUGUAGACAAUGAAAACGGAGUUCAGGCCAACGAUUUUGACUACGCUGUGUCAAGUUUUGUAGAUGAUUUAUACGGUUACCCCGAGGGGAAAGACAUCCUGCGGGAGACCAUUAAGUUUAUGUACACUGACUGGGCUGACCGCCACAACCCAGAGACCAGAAGAAAGACCCUGCUGGCACUCUUCACGGAUCAUCAGUGGGUGGCACCAGCGGUGGCAACAGCAGACCUCCACUCCAGCUUUGGCUCGCCUACUUAUUUCUACGCCUUCUACCAUCACUGCCAAACGGAACAGGUGCCACCCUGGGCUGAUGCGGCACAUGGCGAUGAGAUUCCAUAUGUGUUCGGGCUUCCCAUGAUUGGUCCAACUGAGCUCUUCCCCUGCAACUUCUCCAAAAAUGAUGUGAUGCUUAGUGCGGUGGUAAUGACCUACUGGACCAACUUUGCCAAGACCGGUGACCCCAACCAGCCAGUUCCACAGGACACCAAGUUCAUCCACACCAAGCCCAACCGCUUUGAGGAGGUGGCCUGGACGCGGUACAACCAAAAGGACCAGCUGUACUUGCACAUCGGCUUGAAGCCACGUGUCAAGGAACAUUAUCGCGCCAAUAAGGUCAACCUGUGGCUGGAACUGGUGCCUCAUCUCCACAGCCUCAACGAGGUCACCCAGAUCAUUUCCACCACCACUAAGCUGCCUCAACCCGAGGUCACUCCCCGUACACCAAAGAAGAUCCCGGUCAACACCAAGAGGCCCUACCCUACACCGUUUCCCACUGAAACACAGGAAAGCCACAACCAGAACCAAAACCAGAACCAACCCUUCCUAGAGAACCAGCGGGACUAUUCCACCGAACUGAGUGUCACCAUCGCCGUCGGAGCCUCGUUGCUCUUCCUCAACAUAUUGGCAUUUGCCGCACUUUACUACAAAAAGGAUAAGCGAAGGCACGAGGUGCACCGCCGUUGCAGCCCGCAGAGGACCACAGCCAAUGAGCUGCCCCAUACACAAGAAGAGGAGAUCAUGUCUCUACAAAUGAAACAUAGCGAUUUGGAGCGGGAGUGUCGAGAGGCCAUGCACCCGCACGAGGUGGUCCUGAGAACUGCCUGCCCACCUGAUUACACGCUCGCCAUGCGCCGCUCACCAGACGACAUCCCUCUCAUGACCCCGAACACCAUCACUAUGAUACCCAACAGCAUGCCAGGCCUCACCUCCUUACACCCCUUCAACAGUUAUUCCAGUGGACAGAAUAACACCCUGCCCCAUCCACACCCUCAUUCACACUCCACCACUAGAGUAUAGCCACACACACACACACGUUCUCACACACAAACACGGACAUACACACACACAUACACUCCCGCAUAUGUGGAGUACAGGUGUGACGACAAACGGAGGUGACGGCACUGGGAUAAGAAAUAUCUUUACUCCCAGUGCUCAGAGGAAGAGGAAAUAACAAUGUUGGUAUUUGUUCCUUGAGAGCAAGACUAUCGUUUUCUAUUAAAGGCAAAAACAAAAAGACAAAAAAAAAACUAUUUCUGAUGUAAUGAAAAACAAACAGAGAUGAUUUUUUACCCUUAUAUUGUGACAAAACCAGGGCCAUUUCCUGGGGACAACUAUCAGUCUGGGAUUCUUUGAGGAAUGGUUUGAUUCGGUUACCCGGAGAGGAAACGACGGAAGCACAGAAGAGAUGACGUGUGGGAGGCCCUUUGUAAACAAAAGGAAACAUAUUGUUUUCCCGGGGCGCUGGAUUGUAGAUUACUCUCUUCAGAGCAGGCGGGAGAGGCUGCUUACCUAAUUUAGGCACGUGUUCUCCUUCUGGUGGAGAAUGUGGAAUACUACGGGAAAAAGGCGAGAAUGAGAAAUCCUCAAGAAUAUGCACAAUAGAGACAUUCACCGAAUGUCUUUGAAUUCUUUUUGUCAAUUUAUUUUUGGGGGAACAAUUUUAUUGUAUAGGACGUAUUUACAUAUCUAGAUAUGUACACAAAGCACCCAUGCUCUUUAAGCCCUGGCUGGGGGCGUUGAUACUGAGGAAUCUGCCUCAAGAGCGUAGCGGGGAAUUUAUUGGCUUCCUGGCAGAUACAGCUUCAUCACACAAGUGCUGUCUAUACUGAAACUGGUGGACUCUAAGGGAGGCUGGAUAUUUUUAGCACGACGCGCAUGACAAUUUAUCUGCUUGGUGGCUGUUCUGCUGAUUAAGUCAUUAUUUAAAACAAAAAAAAGAAUCAUUUUCCUCCCCAUUUGGAUUUAAGGAAAUACUGCUCUGAUUGGCCCAUGGGAGGAGUUGGAAUUUGCUGACGAGGGCGGACACGGUGGGUUUCUGAAGACAGUGAUGGGAAGGGGUGGGGAUACGCUAACUAGAUUGCGUUCGCAAAUAGCUUGACUGAACCUGGUUAUAAGGACUAGUUUUGUACAUGUGUGUUGGUAAAACUUUUUAAUAGUGGUGAAUCACUUGUUGUUUGAGCUCCCAUGUGUGGGACAUUAAUGUACUUUUUGAUUUGCUCAUUGGUCUCGGUUAUAAUGCAUUGUUUUAUUAUUUUUACGUUCAUUUUCACCUCUUGCUAAUAGUCAAAACACCCUUAGAAAGUUUCUUAUCUGUAAUGUUUGAUUCUCAUUUCUUUGUUUUUGGUACUUUAUGAGGCAGUCCCCCACGCAGCUUUGAACAACCAGUGGUCAACGCAGUACGACUUGGAGACUCGCGUUGUUAUCCUCUCAUCCAGAACUUUCUGUGAUUCUCCUGAACGCUCAUCACGAAUGAAUCCCACACUGCAGACAGGAGGGCCCCUGAUGAAAGAGUGUAUUAGGAGGGCUUCUGAUGUUACCAAGCCCUUGAUCAUACCGCUUAAAGCUAGCUAUAGAAAGAAAGAAUACAGAGAGACCAAUGGAGAAAGCGAAAGGGAAACUUUUCUUACCCAGAGAUAAGUACUCAGAGUCAGUAGCCUCAGCGCUAAAAGCCAGUUCCACCUGCAAAUCUCUCAGUAAUUGCUUUUUUUUCCAUCCUUAAUUAUUUUACUUUUCUCAAAGCUUAUGUAACAUCCUACAUGCUAAUGAUCAACGCUAGUGAAUCCUAGGCUAAAGACAGGAGAACCCCUGAUGAGACAGUUCGUUACGGGCCUUCUGAUCUUAAGAGGCCAUUGAAGCUAGCUAGACAAAAAAGAAUCUAGAAACGAUUUGGAUUCAUUUUCUCUGAGCCUUGUUGCAUUACAUACUACAUGCUAAAAGGUCCUGGGAUGCUAACCCAUUAUUCCUUUUUUGUCACUUCAAGCGUCAGUUCCUGUGGUGACAAUUUAGACUUCUUGCGAAUUCUCUUUUACUCCUUGGAAAUUUAACUGAACUUCUACAUAAAUAUCUCUAUAUUUUUUCCCCAGCAUGCAACUUAUGAUUAUAGAAGAACAGCAAUAGAUUGGUGAUUUGGUUCUCACAGAUCAGAUGUCCUCAGACGUCCUGUGCAAACUCUUUUGGUCAACAACCCCAUGCUAAUGCUGUUUCCUAACCAGACAUGAUGAAGUAAUAGCCAUCUUUUGUCUUUUCUCUAGUACUGAAUUUGUCCUAAACAGGACAUUUUGACAUUUAUUUUCAAAAUCCUGCUCCACAUAGCUAGAUAUUAAACAUCAAACGUUUUGAUUGGCUGAUUCGUUUGCACAAAAUUACUUCAGUAUGUGUAGACAUUAGAAGUCGUUUUACUAGCAGUACAACCUUUCAAAUCUCAAGGUAAUUAAUUAAUAGUCAGGGUAAAAAAAACACUGAGGUCAAACACAGGCAUUUGGGAGUGAAUACUUGAGCCCUGGUGAAUAGCUAGUGGCAAAGAACUAAUGAGGGAUGAGGGAAGCCAAGGAAGGGAACAGGAUUGAAAGAAUCGUGCUACUCUUCUCCAGAUCAGCCAACUCGUGACACACAUUGUUCCCAACAACAUGUUCCCGUUCAGAACACAAUCUCCUGUGGGCUUUUCCUCUCUGCUCUACCUUCACCUGUGACAACUCCACACAGUACAAACAGGCCAGAGAGAGUGUCGCUGCUCUUUAUGCCAGUCCCCAUCUGCAGGUAUGCAUAUGCAAAGUCAGCCGGCCCAUGUGUCCUCCUGCAAAGGAAGCUCCUUUGAACGAUAUUAAAAUUUAAUGAACCGUACACCAGUGGGGCGCCUAGAGGAUUCAUCUUGUGCAUGCACAUGUUCCAAGGAGAGGGAUGGGAUUCAACUGAAACUGCAGAGAUCUCCACAGCUCAGUAUGUUUCUUCACACAUAUGCACAUACGCUCGCAUACACACAUGCCAGGACAAGCCUUGUAACUGAAUGUAAUGCAAGACUGAGGGCCAUUUUCUUACAAACAGCAACCAAAUUUCAUUAUGUGUUUAUUUUCUACUGGCUGACCUUGAAAGAAGAUCAAAAUGGCUGUCGAGAACUACAGAGGGUUGUUGUGAUGUAGAUUAUUUGUCAUUUUGUCUUUCUUUCUGGUUAAAUAGGAUUUAAUCUUCUGGAGCACAAUAAAUGAUUUUAUCAAGCUCAA